AUGGCAGAGUGUGGCUAUGAGCUACCAAAAGUUAUCCACUCCCUAUUAGCUGGUGCAUUGGCAGGAGCUCUUGCUAAAACUGCUGUAGCUCCUCUGGACAGAACCAAAAUCAUCUUUCAAGUGUCUUCAAAAAGAUUUUCUGCCAAGGAAGCCUUUAAGCUCAUCUACUUGACCUACCUCAAUGAAGGCUUCUUCAGCUUGUGGAGAGGCAACUCUGCCACCAUGGUCCGAGUGAUCCCCUAUGCUGCCAUCCAAUUUAGUGCCCACGAGGAGUACAAACAGAUCCUGGGCCGCUACUAUGGCUUCGAGGGCGAAGCUUUGCCCCCUUGUCCGAGACUUGUUGCUGGUGCGUUGGCUGGUAUGACGGCUGCUUCUUUAACCUACCCACUGGAUUUGGUGAGAGCCCGGAUGGCUGUCACACCCAAGGAAAUGUACAGUAACAUCUUUCAUGUCUUCAUCCGGAUGUCCCGUGAAGAAGGUCUAAAAACUUUGUACAGGGGCUUUGUACCAACAAUCCUUGGAGUCAUUCCUUAUGCUGGGCUGAGUUUCUUCACCUAUGAAACACUAAAGAAAUUUCAUCGUGAACACAGUGGACGAUCACAGCCAUAUCCCUUUGAGCGAAUGAUUUUUGGUGCAUGUGCUGGUCUCAUUGGCCAGUCAGCCUCCUAUCCCCUAGACGUUGUACGGCGACGGAUGCAGACAGCAGGAAUAAAGGGUCAGACUUACGAAAGCAUCUUAAGCACCUUACAAGACAUUGUCAGGGAAGAGGGAGUCAUCCAAGGUUUAUACAAGGGAUUGAGCAUGAACUGGCUUAAAGGCCCAAUAGCAGUAGGAAUCAGUUUUACCACUUUUGACCUAAUGCAGAUUCUUCUUCGUAAAUUAGAUGACGGCAAUGGGAAACGGAGUUAAUGUUCUAAUGCUCAACUACCCAGAUUACUUACUGAAGCACAUGUGUAUAUGUAGAAAAUGCUAGUGCUAUCUCCUACAUUAUUGUGAAAUGUGAUUUAAAAUUUUACUUUAUUUUUUUAAAUAAUUGAGUUUGCAGUUCUGAAAAUAUGCACUUAAGAUUGAUCUUCUCUAACACCAAGUUCUCUUAGAGCAGCAAGUAAUCUUUGAGCCCUGGACAGCAUUUGUCCUCUGAAUUCUUCCCUUGAAGGUGUUUCUAACCUUCAGAUUAGUGAAGAGGACUAUGCUUCUGACCCAGGUCCAGAGCAUAUGCAGGGAUUAGGAUCACUGAGGGGUGUUUAGGGAAUACGACUUAGUUUUUGGUUUUAAACAUCCUACAAAUUGCAGUGUUUCACUUUUGAAAGUUUGGUUGUCUACUGGAUACCUGAACUGAGGUCAGUAUUCUUUUGAAAGGAAAAAUUCAGAGUUCUAUUAUUCAUUUUUUUUUAAAUUGGUCCCCAGAAGGGAAAUGGAUUCAUCAAAAUCAAGGAUCCCAAAUGGUUUCUUAUCCAAGGUCUAGGACUUUUUGCAUUUAAUCUGUCCAUGCCUCUGAAGAAAGGAAAUUAUAUUAGAGGGUCUGUGGGAAACAUCUUAAGUUUCUUCUCAUGAGCUGUUGGAAGUAAGUAAACUUAAUCCUUUUCUCCAGUGGCAUGUGAUGAAUAUACUUUGAGUCCUCCUAAGUCUUGAAAAACUGUCACCAGAACGUAAGUGCAGAUUCCUAUAAAUACCAUAUCCCUGACCCUCCUCAAAUGCUUUCAUUCUUGGUAUAGCAUUGUCUGAUGUGUGAGUACCAUGAACUUCCAUAUUUCCCAAGAAAUGUCAAAGUUUUUGAGAUUUUAAACAGGGAAUUUUGUAAACUUGAAAUUCAUAGGUCGCAUCCUUCAUUGAAUAUAAUUGCUGCUAAGUGACCAGCUUAAAGGAGAAUUCAAUCUCUCACCAGACAUGGCAGAUCAAGGAAUGUAAAUCCUUGUUGUUGUCUUAGGAGCUCUCUCAUAAAUAUGCUUCUUCACAGCUGGUGGGUGGACCAGUCUCUGUGCUUAAGAUAGAGCAGGCUCAUCUUGAAUUUGCUCACAGAAAAUGGUACCCUCCAAUAGGUCCCUCCCACAGUGACCCACAGUCAUUUAGUAGCCACCUGAUCUCUUUGCUCAGGUGCUAUCUUCUUCCCGCCCUAAGCGGGCCUAAUGGAGCCUAAAGAACAAGACCUUUCUAAUGUGCCACUCCAAGGUUGGCAGGUCAGUGUGGCACUUCGGAAUGUCCACAGGGAUAUUUCCUGGGGAGGCUUCUAACCCCUGACUUAUUACCUCCCCUCUACCCCACCCACUUUUAAAGGGAUGGGGAACAUAUCAAAUUUCUAAGCUAAAUCUUAGAGCACAAGAAGCAUAAGAGACUGUCCCAUCUCCUGGAAUGAUCCCAGCAUCCCACAGUGAGAAGCCACAUGCCCAGCUCACGCCAGAAGUAGGAAGGUGCCUGGCAGGAGAUUGUCUUCCAGAGGGUUGCUGCUCAGAUGGAAAGGACUACACGUGAUAAAUCACAGGGUGCAGAGAAAGUCCUUCUCCAAUGUAGGUAUUUUUAACUGUAUGAUUUUUUUAAAGGUCAGAAUCCGUAUCAUGACUUCAUUAGUGUAAAAUGAAGAUCAUUGCACAGUCAGUGAAAUUUGAAUGCCCUUGUGUUUGCUUCAGAUUUUGUCCUCUGGACAGAAGUUGCUUUAAAGCCAAAUAGCUAAUGUGAUGAAUUCCCAUUUUGCAAUCAAGUCCCUCUCAGCCAAGGACAAUCAGAUUGGCUAUUUAAGUAUUACUCUGUCACUAUGAGGUUCAAUAGCUUGUACCUUCAGAGUCCUGGGUGUUAAGCUUCCUGUUACCAGGAAGGUGUCCUGACUGAAGCAGUGACUCUCUAGGUGGUGGUAUAGGAAUAGGGAGGGUCAAUUCUAACUGGUCUGUGAAGUGCCAUUGCCAGACCCCUUGAGGAAAGGCCAGACUGGAGGAAGGGGAUGGUAGUCUGUCCCCACUGAGCCCCCUCCAGCUCCAGCACUAUUUCCUAUGGUUCUAGACACCUGGGAAGCCAAGGCUUGGUUUGAGUUGUUUUGAGUUUUCAAAGUCUUGCAUUGUGUUCAAGUGUGAGUGCUCUGUUUUGACACCCCCUUCCACUAAUGCUUCCCAAAUCUGUCUUUGGAAAAAGGGAAGUACAAACACCUAGCAUCCACAGGAUUUUGUGUCAUGUUUUAAAAUAUAGAAAAGAAAUGAGCUUAAAUUUGGCCAUCAUCAUUUGUUGACCUUAAAUGAGAUCACAUUUGGGCACUCUCCAGCAAAUCAUCAUGGUUCCCUUCAGAAGUAUAAACUGGAAUUGAAAAAAGAUGGACUUUGGGGAAAGCCCGGAUGGCUUCUUUACUGAACAGUAAAUUUGAAAAUCCUCUUCUGAUGCAAUAACAGUUAUAGUGGACCUUAGAAACUCACUUCCCAAAUUUUCUUUCCAGCAAAACUUUUCCCUGAACCUCACGUUUAUUCACAUGACGAACUUAAUCAUUUUAAUCCUAUUUCCUGAAAUAGUUUUGGUGUGGGGAGGGGGGAACUUUGCACAAUUCUUUUUGUAUGAAAGGAGCUGAGAUGUGUGUGUAUGCAUGUGUGUCUUAUAUGUGUUUUAAAUAGAUUUUUUUCCUUGCCCAAUGCUUGGCUUAUGGUGUGAAGAGCCUUCUCUGUGUUCACACUUUGCAUGUGGUGUGCCUGGCCUGUAAUUCUGAUCCUGCCUGAACAGGGGGGCAGAAGUGGGCCAUGAUUAUAUAGGGGAGAAGGCUUCCACUCCCCAGGCUGCAUGUUUGAAGGCAAGGGCUUUAUUGUUCACACCACCUCCCUCCCCCAUUUCUGAGCUCAGCUCAUUCUCCUGUGUUGGCCAGCAUCUCUUCCUUUGUCUGAGGGUUUGUUGGAGAUUUUGCUGUACUUCUGGCCUCUUGUACAUUCUCUGCCAAGCACAUCAUGUUACAUUAUCCUGUUACUUCCUCCCUCUGACCUCGGUGCUCUGGGGGAUUUUGUUACCCAGGAGGCAUUUUGGCCAAGCUGCAUGUAUCCGAGGGAGAGCAGUUUUGAGACUGCUGUCUGUCCCUGUUCCAUGGAAACACAUGCAUCAUUAAGGGUCUGCCCUUUAGGGAGUUUACUGUCAUGAUCCCGGGCACACUCUGAGCCUGAGCAGCAAAAAUCCAAAGCAAGGUCCUUCCUUUCAAGAAGGUCAUUUUUUCUUCUCAAGACUUGUCCGUGGCUCCCCCAGACACUUUCAGCAUUAGGCAUCUUCCUGGCCAGAGACCACAAAUGAAGAGACAGAUUUGAGAAGGGAAGGCCCAGGACCACCAGCACCCCAGUCUCUUUGUCCUGCUACGGCAGCUGCCUCUCUUUGGGGCUCUUUAGUCUACAGUGCUACCUAUGGGUCUAAUAGUUGCCGAAGCCCAGCCAGACCACAGAAAAGUGAUGCUGGACAUUCAAAGUUAGCUUAACUUCCAUUUCCUCAUACUGUGGUUGAGCUAAGCUUUAGUGGAAACCCUCCAUAGAAAGUACAGCCAGUGGAGGCAUAUUCUUCAUUGGAGAUUUUUGAGGUUCUGCUGAGCAGCUUGACAUGAAGGUCGAAUGAACCUGGUUAGUUUAGCCUGUUUUAGGCAGCAAUGCACCCCAGAAGUCAGCUUCCCUUGAGAAGCAUGGGAGGGUGUGAACCUGAUCCAGGGGGAGCGUGGCACUUUGUUCUUCAGUGGACAAGCUCAGAUCCACACCCGCUGCAAUGCUAUCUCAGAACCAGUGGACCUAAGAGUGGGAGUGAGCGAGUGAGCAAGGGAGCAAGCAAGUGAGAGAGCAAGAGGUGCUUUGUGUGCGUGUGUGAAUGUGUGAGUGGCCUCUAUGAGCAAGUACUUCUUGGAAAAAGUGCAAUUUCCUGAGUUGGAUCAGACAGAAAGAUUUUGGUCCCGAAACCUUUCAAGAGCUUUAGAAUCAGGUACUCUUGGGCCCUUUGGGGCUUCCCUAUGCUGCGUUUCUGAAUGAGCAACUCCCUAAUGCCUGGUUCUCCCCAAAUGCUGUGUUUUGCAGGGACUUGACACUGUUGUCCACCUAGCUUGCCUAUGCACAUAACACAUGACACUGUUAAAUGCCUUUUGUAAAGAUGUGUUAUUGCUGUCCAUGUGUCAAUUUCGAUUGCUUUUAUUGGUCUGGAGUUAUAUUUUGAUGCAGUGAAGAUACUUUGUUUAAAUAUAUUAUAUAUAUAUAUAAUGUUUAUAUUUUAAGAUUUGUGCCAAGAGAAUAUAUUUAAUAAAAAUUAAAUGAUUGAUUUCCUUUCUCUGUCUUUCCUCUUCCAUCCCCACUAAUUGCCUAUAACUGACAUAAUAUGAAU